CCCGGGGCCCCCGCCCGCGCCAUGAGGCCGAAAACAGAAAUUUACUCUGUGGAGCUCAGUGGAACCGGAGACAUUGGGAAAACUGACACGGGGGAUGGCGAGAAGUACGGGGGCCUGAAAAAGAACUGCUUGGAACGCAAAAAGCAUCAGCCGAAAGAGGAGCUUAAGAAAGAACUCGAUCUGGAUGACCACAAACUCAGCAAUGAGGAAUUGGAAACAAAAUAUGGUACAAACAUCAUUACGGGUCUCUCCAGCACCCGGGCUGCUGAGCUCCUGGCUCGGGAUGGGCCCAACACCCUGACCCCCCCCAAGGAAACCCCGGAGAUUAUCAAGUUCCUCAAGCAGAUGGUGGGGGGGUUCUCCAUCCUCCUGUGGAUAGGAGCCAUCCUGUGCUGGAUCGCAUAUGGGAUUCAGUACUCCAACGAUAAGUCCUCCUCCCUGGACAGCGUGUACCUGGGCUCCGUGCUUGCCCUGGUCGUUAUUUUAACCGGGGUCUUUGCCUAUUACCAAGAGGCGAAAAGCACCAACAUCAUGGCCAGCUUCCACCAGAUGAUUCCACAGCAAGCGCUUGUCAUUCGAGAUUCAGAGAAGACAGUUCCUGCAGACCAGCUGGUGGUGGGGGAUAUAGUGGAGAUUAAAGGAGGAGACCGGAUCCCUGCGGACAUCAGGUUGCUGUCUGCUCAGGGGUGUAAGGUAGAUAACUCAUCUCUCACUGGGGAGUCUGAGCCCCAGCCCCGCUCCUGUGAGUUUACCCAUGAGAACCCCCUGGAGACAAAGAAUAUCAGCUUCUUCUCCACAACCUGUCUGGAAGGCACAGCGACGGGCAUGGUCAUCCACACGGGCGACCGCACCAUCAUUGGGCAGAUCGCCUCGCUGGCUUCGGGGGUCCAGAACGCGAAGACGCCCAUUGGCAUCGAGAUCGAGCACUUCGUUCACAUCGUGGCAGGAGUGGCGGUCUCCAUCGGCGUCCUUUUCUUCAUCAUCGCGGUGUCCAUGAAGUAUUAUGUCCUGGACUCCAUCAUCUUCCUCAUCGGCAUCAUCGUGGCCAAUGUGCCUGAGGGUCUCCUGGCCACUGUCACCGUGGCUCUGUCACUGACGGCAAAACGAAUGGCCAAGAAGAACUGCCUGGUGAAGGGCCUCGAGGCAGUGGAGACUCUUGGCUCCACCUCCAUCAUCUGCUCAGACAAGACGGGGACCCUGACCCAGAACAGGAUGACCGUGGCCCAUCUGUGGUUCGACAACCAGGUCUUCGUGGCGGACACUAGUGAAGACCAGUCGAAUCAAGUCUUUGAUCAAAGCUCUGCAACCUGGGCCUCCCUGUCAAAGAUCAUCACGCUGUGUAACCGCGCUGAGUUCAGACCAGGACAGGAGAGCGUCCCCAUCAUGAAGAAAGCUGUGGUUGGAGACGCCUCAGAAACUGCUCUUUUGAAAUUCUCGGAGGUCAUCUUGGGUAACGUGAUGGAAAUUAGGAAAAGAAACCGCAAAGUAGCCGAAAUACCUUUUAACUCGACCAACAAAUUUCAGCUCUCCAUACACGAGACAGACGACCCCAGUGACAAGCGUUUCCUCGUGGUGAUGAAAGGGGCCCCCGAGCGGGUCCUGGAGAAGUGCAGCACCAUCAUGGUCAACGGCCAGGAGCAGCCUCUGGACAGGAGCACGGCCAAGGCCUUCCACACGGCGUAUAUGGAGCUGGGCGGCCUGGGGGAGCGCGUGCUGGGUUUCUGUCAUCUCUACCUGCCAGCAGACGAGUUUCCAGCAACCUAUUCAUUUGAUGUAGACACAAUGAACUUUCCCACUUCCAACUUCUGUUUUGUGGGCCUCUUAUCGAUGAUCGAUCCGCCUCGGUCCACGGUCCCUGAUGCGGUCACCAAGUGCCGGAGUGCAGGGAUCAAGAUCAUCAUGGUUACAGGCGAUCAUCCAAUCACAGCCAAAGCUAUUGCCAAGAGUGUAGGUAUCAUUUCCGCCAACAGUGAGACAGUGGAAGACAUUGCAAAACGCCUCAACGUUGCUGUGGAGCAGGUUAACAGGCGGGACGCUAAGGCCGCUGUGGUGACCGGCAUGGAGCUGAAGGACAUGAGCCCGGCGCAGCUGGACGAGCUCUUAGCCAACCACUCGGAGAUCGUCUUUGCCCGGACGUCCCCCCAGCAGAAGCUGAUCAUCGUGGAGGGCUGUCAGAGGCAGGAUGCUAUUGUCGCUGUGACAGGGGACGGAGUUAAUGACUCCCCGGCUCUAAAGAAGGCAGACAUCGGGAUCGCCAUGGGGAUAACGGGUUCUGAUGCAGCCAAAAGUGCAGCCGACAUGGUCUUGCUGGAUGACAACUUCGCGUCCAUCGUCACAGGGGUGGAGGAAGGUCGCCUGAUCUUUGACAACCUAAAGAAGACUAUCGCGUACACCCUGACCAAGAACAUCGCUGAGCUCUGCCCCUUUCUGAUCUACAUCAUUGCUGGGCUUCCUCUGCCCAUUGGCACCAUUACUAUCUUGUUCAUCGACUUGGGCACAGACAUAAUUCCCUCCAUCGCCCUGGCUUAUGAGAAAGCUGAAAGUGACAUUAUGAACAGGAAGCCUCGCCACAAGAAGAAGGACAGACUGGUGAACAAGCCACUUGCCGUGUACUCCUACCUGCACAUUGGCCUCAUGCAGGCCCUGGGAGCUUUUGUUGUAUAUUUCACCGUGUACGCACAGGAGGGCUUUCGACCCAGCACUCUCCUUAACCUCCGGGUGGAGUGGGAAAAGGGCUACGUCAACGACUUGGAAGACAGCUACGGACAAGAGUGGACAAGCUACCAGAGGAGAUACCUAGAAUGGACGGGCUACACAGCAUUCUUUGUUGGCAUCAUGAUCCAGCAAAUAGCAGAUCUGAUCAUCAGGAAAACCCGGAGGAAUUCCAUCUUCCAGCAGGGUCUCUUCAGAAAUAAAGUCAUCUGGGUGGGGAUUGCCUCGCAGGUUAUCAUCGCGUUAAUCCUCUCCUACGGCCUUGGGAGUAUCGUGGCCCUGAACUUCACGAUGCUCCGGCCUCAGUACUGGUUCGUGGCUGUACCACACGCUGUUCUGAUCUGGGUGUAUGACGAGGUGCGGAAGCUUGCCAUCAGACUCUGCCCUGGAAGCUGGUGGGAUAAGAACAUGUACUAUUAAGACCACCUUACUUCCCGAGCCCACAGCUGCACGUCAGAAUGUUCUUCAUCUUCCGGCCUCCAGCUGGGCGAUUGCAGCCGUGGGGACAUCGUCAGUACGCAUUUAAGAAAUGACAGAACUGUAGGAAAGAUACUCACUAAUGUUUUGUAAUUUAAAGCAGAGAUUUAACUGUUUAUACAUGAUUUUAAUUUAUAUAUCUAUCUCCUUAUUUUAAAAUAUGUGAAUUUCAAGGUAACGGUGUAGGGAAGCAUGGCGUGUUUAUAUGUAUGUAAAGGUCAGUCGUGUUAGAUAAUCUCGGGUAAUCCAGACAUCUGCUGGGGUCUCGCUGUCCCUUAAUUCUAGACAGGACUGCUCAAACCUCCAUUCCACACUCUAUUAAAAGUCCAACGACCUCCCUGAGAUUCCUGUGAAUUCCCAGGGAAUUUAUUACUUCACAGUCACCUUGCUCAGAAAAGGCUAAUUCAGCUAGAGGUUUGCAAGGGAUGAAGCGAUGGCACGUUUACAUCACAGCAACUUGGACCACCUCAGUUUGACCCUGAGGCAUGCUGAAAGGUCCGCAUCCCACCUCUCAGCUCCUGGCGGUCCUUUGAUGCCCUCCCUCCUCCCGAGCUGCCCACCCUGACCACCAGCUCCAAAAGGGAGCUCCCGGGGCGUUGGCAUAGGCUAGUUCCAGGGGCUCCCCUGGCCCAAAGGGGUUUUCAUUUACCAGGACUCAUCCUCAGUGGAGGACCAUGGUGACUUAACACGUAAUAUUUAUUUCUUGUAAGACAGUCGCAAAGCACUCUGCAGCACUAAUUUUAUGUUUCACGCUUUAAUUUAGGUUUAUUCAUGUGUAACAUGUGUGCUCACACCCAUAUUGACACCCCAGAGAGGCCUCGUUUUUAAGUAAAAGUUGUUUUAUAAAACUAGGCCUGAGAGUGGUGUUCUAAUUAGUUUGAGUUUGUCUAAAAUGCACAGCAUAGGACAGAAAAAAAUGAGAUGUGAUUUCAAUUUUCUUUUUUUUUUACUUCUUCUGGUCAUUUUACUUUUCCAUGGAAGGUCUGAACUCUUCCCUCACCAACAUCGCUGCUUUGUCCCCUCUCUGACGUGCGCACACUUUUAAGGCAGAAUUUCUGUGGAAGGGUCUAUCUGUCAGCAGCAGCGCAAGAGAAAGCUGUUUUCACAGCCUUUCCGUCAUCAGCUGCACGCCCAACACAAACUGAUUUGACAGGAUGACACUUGGUAAGCUUUUCCCAUUCAGUAGCUGCCCCUCCACCUCUUCUCCAUCGUUCAUGCAGGCAAGGACAUUCCGCUGCUCACGGCGCUAGGUUGUGUCUCUGGAGCAGGAAAAGGGAGUCUGGGAUCCAUGGUUCUCUGCCGUGUUCUCAGGGCCAUCAUUGUGACUUCAUGUAAAUAGAUUUUAAUGUACUGUGUCACUGUGUAUAUUUAAGUUAAAAUAAUGUAUUUAAUCUCGAGGGUUUUAAUCUCUGUCUUCAGCCACAAUUAUCACUAGACUAAUCUGACGUUAGUCAUUCAGUGAACCGGAACCCUUUCCAGGCAGCGUCAUGACAGCCUUCUCUUUCCAGUCCUGGCAGGGCAGUAAUGCUUCCUAAACUUCAACUAAGAAUAAUCUGUCCUCACUCUUUUCCCUGCCAGGCUGUCCAAGUGCCCCUAGCUGUGAUGGCUGGCAGCUCAUGGUCCUGCCAGAGCCAGUGGGAGAAGGCUGUAAAUAGAGCACAAAGCUGUAAGGGGUUUAUGGUGGGUUGGAUUACACUUGAAAGGAGUUAAGUUUGAAGUAGAAGUCUCUUCACAGCAGGAACCCUGUCUGGAAUAACUUUCAUAUUGUACGCACCUACCCUCGCAAAAAGCUG